AUGUCUUGGGUUACUCGAGUUGGCCGGUUUCUCACCUUUUCCUGGAAAUCGGGCACGACCGGCGUUCAAGGUAUCAAUGAAACGUCGGCGCAGACUGCAGUCGAGGAAGCGGUCGUCAAAUUAAAAGGCUCUUUUCCUGAGCUCGGAAAAGCAAAAAACGCCAAAGUAAUGUCAAGACCGCAUUCCACGCCGAAGGCUGACGGCAGGAAAGAUCCUCUCCACGCGAACUUUGAAAUUACUUCGGAGGAGGGACAAAGAAUCACCUCCGUCCAUUACUACCCGAACCCACUUGGAGGCAAGAACGUAUGGUUCUCUAGACCAAAAUACAACGACGGAAAAAAGGUCAACGAUUACUUCCCAAAGGAAGAGCAAUCCGGCAAUGGAUCUGGUGGAAAAGCUUGA